GGAGCUGGGUCGUCUGUGUUUGUUUUGGUCUGGUCAGCCACUGAAUGGGUGUGAUGUCGUUCAUGAUUCUGAAACUGGGAAACGUAAUUGUUGACAUGAUGUGCUGAGUGGCGUAUUAACCGCAAUAAUUUGAGAAGAAUUUUUACAACAACAUGCUGCGCUGUAACAGGUGACCUGCGGUAGUGACCGCUUGGACAAACAGCAGUGACCAAGUUUUUCAGUGCGAAGCAACGAGAGCUGUCAGAAAUAACCCGGCACCAUGAGUUCAGUCGUUGAAGGGGAUGUGUACACCCUUGCCCCCGAGAUGCCAGCCAUGUUUGAUGGCGUGAAGCUGGCAGCUGUCGCCACAGUCUUGUAUGUCAUCGUGCGUUACCUGAAUCUGAAAAGUCCCACUGCGCCACCCGACAUCAGCUUCCAAGACACCCCUCUCAAUCACUACAUCCUGAAGUCCUGCCCCAUCCUCUCCAAAGAAUACAUCCCACCACUGCUAUGGGGAAAAAGUGGGCAUGUGCAAACGGCCCUGUACGGCAAGAUGGGGCGUGUGGGAUCCCCUAAUCUGUGUGGCCUCAGGAAGUACCUUCCCAUGCAAGAUGGAGCCACAGCCACCUUCGAUGUCUUUGAGCCGUUAGCUGACCACAUCACUGGAGAUGACAUCACCAUGGUGAUCUGCCCAGGGAUUGGCAACCACAGCGAAAAGCACUACAUCCGCACCUUCGUUGGCUACUCUCAAAGCCAAGGCUAUAGGUGUGCCGUGCUCAACCACCUGGGAGCGCUACCAAACAUCGAGCUCACCUCGCCACGCAUGUUUACAUACGGAUGCACGUGGGAGUAUGCGGCCAUGGUGGGCUACAUGAAGAAGGCCUUCCCCCAGACCCAGUUCAUCGCGGUGGGCUUCAGCCUGGGGGGCAACAUCGUCUGCAAGUUCCUGGGGGAGAGCCGCACCAAUCAGGAGAGGGUGCUGUGCGCCGUUAGCGUCUGCCAGGGCUACAGCGCGCUCAGGGCCCAGGAGACCUUCCUCCAGUGGGACCAGUGCAGGAGGCUCUACAACUUCCUCAUGGCCGACAACAUGAAGAAGAUCAUCUUAUCACAUAGGGGAAGCCUCUUUGGGAUGAACUCGAGCAAGAUGAAAGACACAGACUUGAGUUAUCUCUACACAGCUACCUCUCUGAUGCAGAUAGAUGACAGCAUUAUGAGAAAGUUCCAUGGCCAUGAUUCCCUGAACGACUACUAUGAGAAGGAGAGCUGCGUCCACUACAUCCAAAAUGUCAGUGUCCCUCUGCUUCUGGUCAACUCAUCAGAUGACCCUCUUGUGCAUCCGUCCUUACUGACGAUACCUCGGGCACUUGCAGAGAAGAAGUCCAACGUGAUGUUUGCCCUGACGCUUCACGGGGGGCACCUGGGUUUCUUUGAGGGUGCGGUGCUAUUCCCCCACCCCCUCACCUGGAUGGACAAGGUCAUCCUCAGCUACUCCAACGCUAUGUGCCAGUGGGAGAGGAAUCGACCCCCCUGCCUGACAGUAGCCUGCGCCAUGAAGACCAAAGGCAAGGCCUAGCUGAACUCUAAUCAUGAGUCCUGAUGGUGCUUUUCUCUCAUACACACAAAUGCGCACACAUUUUCACCCUUUGGUACUGUCCUCCCUACACAGACCGCUCUCUUAGCCCUCCAACAUGGACAGAAAGGUAGUGGUGUUGUAAUGUUCCAACCAAUGCACACACACAAAGAGACUUUGUUUUGGUGCAAUAAUUUAUCAGAAGUGUGCUUCCUAAUGAAGUGUGCGUCACAGAUGUGUGUGCGCUGUGAAAGGAUAGAGGCAGAAGUCGUCUAGCGUUGUUUUGGCUGCCUCUGCUCCUGUGGACAAAAUAGGAGACGGGACACUAAAAUGUCUGUGUUAGAGGUCCCUUGGAAAUGCUGUUUUCCUCACAUUUCAAUCGUAACCAAACGGAGCCUUUACAUAACUGUUGUAACAGUUGUAGUUGUAUUCCUUUUUUUGUGUUGUACUGACAUUUGCUGUCUAUUUUACGAGAAAUGACAAAGUAGCACAAAUAUUGAUACUAUUUCAUACAGUAGAAGAGAAGCAACCCUACCUUGACAUACUACAUGGUUUACCCAUGGUGGAUGUUUUUAUAUGGACCUUCACAAUGUCUAACUUCAGCCUUAGCUGUUUUUUGUACUGUAAGCUGCUGAUGUUUUUGGGUAGGGCUUUAGAAGGGACACCUGCUGUCUCAUUCAGUCUUGCGUGCGUUACUUGCGACCCAUUGUGAUCUCUAAAGUUGCCUUAACUGCCUCACAUGGCUUUUGUGCAUCAAGACCUUACUCAGCUCUCUGCUCUGUGAAACAGGUGCUCCCCCUGCUGUAAAAAUGGGAUCAUGACAAGCGGCCCUUAGCUGUAGAGUUUCACCACAGUGAUUCACCAUAGUAAUUAUUGCAGUGAACUGUGUACUGCGUAAUGGUGAAUACUAACCUUGCAAGACUGCUUUUAACAUUAGUUAGCCAGUACUCAGUAGCAAUGGGUGGUGUUUUCAAGGCAUCGCACUAAGAUGGGCCCACUAACCAAGCAGUUAUAAGCAGAGUUGUAUAAAGUAGAGGAAGAAGUACUCUUACAGGUGUAAUCACAACACUUGUAGUAUGAUGAUAUUACAAAGUUGAAACCAUGUAAUAUCAUAGCAAUAGUAUUGUAAUUACAUCUCUAAGAGUACUUCUACCUCUACUUUAUACAACUCUGGGUAUGAGGUAAUUACAGGGUAUAAUUUAGCCCACAUAAAAGUGGUUGGCGGCAUCCUGUUUUUCAUGAGGGGCUACAAAUGGUGUUUGUUUUUGCUAGUGUGUAUGUUCAGACACAAAUUCUUGUAUUUUUUUACGAGACAUUUUAGGAUGACUAACCUGCUGUAUGCAGGACACAAGAAGUGUGUUUUUAAGGUCCUUAUGUGGUUCUUUACUUCUCUAAUUCAUUUCCAUGAUUAUUUCACUGGUUCACACGGCCCCCUGUGACGUAGGAUCCCCUCGUGUGCAUUAUUAAUAGUCUUCCUGAAGGACCCCCAGUGUGUGAUGGCACGUGGACGGUUUGCUCGGUGGUAAUAAGGGCCACAUGUGAACAUGAAGUGGAGUCACUAAAGGCCAGCCAGCAUUACAGCCUGUUUGUUGCUCUCAGUAGCCCUGCACUUUGUUUUGGUGUUGUAACCCAAUACACAAACAUGGUGGACACGGUGUCAAGUACUGACUCUUGUGCGUGUAACGUUUGUCUCAGGCUUGCCUCUGUGAAUCAGUCGCAAUGAUCCGAUCCUGGCUUUGUCUUCCAUGGUUUCCACUUAUAAGAUAUGUCACUGCUAGAGGAAAUGACUCCUGGAGCGGUUUUCGCAGAGAGUCUUGAGGCGUUAUGCGACGUCCCAGGAAGGGCAUGGACCAGUAGCUUGGUUCGUGGAGUGAAUCAAGAUGAGGGCAAUUUGAUCCUGUGCAUUCUGUCAUUUGGUGUAUUGUUCCAAAGGGGACUUGGUGUUGCUGACCAAAUUAAAAUGCAUUACCACGACUUAUUGAACUUCUUGGUAUGAUUACCAUUAUCGAGCCUUAUCUUCCAUUGAUUAUGUUUAUUGGCAUUAUAUCAUACUUAGUUCUGUCUCUCUAUGAUCUUAUUCACUGUAAAAAAUAAAUAAAGGGUAGGUUCCUGAAAAGGUAAAUGUAUAUAUUGUUUAAAGGCUGGAAAAUAUAUGAUGUGUUCUUCAA